AUGUCCUCGACGGAGAGCUCCAGUCGCACGGCGGACAAGUCGCCGCGCCAGCAGGUGGACCGCCUGCUCGUGGGGGUGCGCUGGAGGCGGCUGGAGGAGCCGCUGGGCUUCAUCAAAGUUCUCCAGUGGCUCUUUGCUAUUUUCGCCUUCGGGUCCUGCGGCUCCUACAGUGGGGAAACAGGAGCAACGAUUCGCUGCAACAACGAAGCCAAGGACGUGAGCACCAUCAUUGUUUCGUUCGGCUAUCCCUUCAGGUUGAACCGGGUCCAGUAUGAGAUGCCCCUCUGCGACGAUGAAUCCACCUCCAAGACCAUGCAUCUCAUGGGGGACUUCUCUGCCCCCGCCGAGUUCUUCGUGACCCUGGGCAUCUUUUCCUUCUUCUACACCAUAGCUGCACUCAUCCUCUACCUGCGUUUCCACAACAUCUACACGGAGAACAGGCGCUUCCCCCUGGUGGACUUCUGUGUGACUGUCUCCUUCACCUUUUUCUGGCUGGUAGCUGCAGCUGCCUGGGGCAAGGGCCUGACUGACAUCAAGGGGGCCACACGACCAUCCAGCCUGAUAGCAGCCAUGUCUGUGUGCAAUGGAGAGGAGGCGGUGUGCAGUGCCGGGGCCACGCCCUCCAUGGGACUGGCCAACAUCUCCGUGCUCUUUGGCUUUAUCAGCUUCUUCCUGUGGGCCGGGAACUGUUGGUUUGUGUUCAAGGAGACCCCGUGGCAUGGGAAGGGCCAGGACCAGGGCCAGGGCGCCGGCCAGGAGAGCGCAGCUGAGCAGGGAGCGGUGGAGAAGCAGUAA